AUUAUUUUUGAUAAAGCAAAUAGAUUCAGCAUUAAAGAAUUUUAAAGAGCAGAAUUAAUGAUAAAAUUGUUUAAAGAAAAGAUGGGUUUAUUUGGCGCUCAUAAUAUAACAUUUGUAUUUUGCAUAUGCAUAGCUUUUGUGGCGAUUAGUGGCUAUGCUCAUGCCGAAAAAGAAAUUCCUGCAACGAAAUUUGGACAAAAUGUUGGGGGUCCCACAAUGACAUUCUUUUAUUGCUAUAGCUGUGGCUACCGCAAAGCUUUCGAAGAUUAUGUGAAUAUUUUAGCCGAGAAAUACCCGCAGAUUACUGUCACAGGUGGUAAUUACGAUCCACCCGGCAUGAAUAUGUACUUCUCCAAGCUAAUAUUUGCCGUUAAGAUAUUGUUGAUUGUGGUGAUAGUAUCGUCAUUUGAUAUAUUCGGUUCCUUUGGCCAGCCCAUUCCAAGCUGGUGGCGACAUUUGCUGGAGAACAAAUUGUACGCUUGCAUGAUGAUAUUCUUUGUGGGAAAUAUGCUGGAGGGUCAGUUGGUGUCAUCGGGUGCCUUUGAAAUAUCACUUAACGAUGUACCAGUGUGGUCAAAGCUGCAGACGGGUCGUAUUCCUGCACCUCAGGAACUUUUCCAAAUCAUUGACAACCAGCUGCAGUUUGGCGACAAAAUUCAAGAGAAUCCAGACUUUGUUAAAUAAUCAUCGUAAACAUGGCCCACCCCAUUAAUGACGUUGUGAAUUCCUUUUAGUUGUUUAGGACUGACAGUUUUAUUAGUUGCUUCUUUAUACAUAUUUUUGUGAAAUUCUCCUAUUUAUUGUUUCAAAGCAUUGAUGGCAACAGAGCAAACCUUCUUAGGACAUCUUGGCCUAUAUUUAUAAAUGAUUAAACUAUUUUUUUUUUCAAAUUUAA